AAAAAAUAAAAGGGCAAAUGCAUGGUUCCUAUCCACGUCAUUAGGCCACAACACAAAUUUGUUCGAAUCGUAAUUACUCAUAAGUAAAAUUUGAAAUAAAAUUUGGUUUUAAUUUAUUAUAAAUUUAUGACAUUAAAUUAAUUACUAAUAAUUAAGAGAUUUAAAAGAUGGAGUGGAUUUUAAGAGUAUUAAUUAUAGGAUAUAUUAUUACAUUAUCAAGUAAUGUACAAGGACAGAGAGUAGCACCAGGUGUUCCACCUCAACAUUAUCAACAACAGGUUCCUCAACAACAAAUGCAUCAGCAGCAAGUUCAUCAGCAGCAAGUACACCAACAACAGCAACAGUAUCAACAAGUACCAGUUCAACAACAGCAACCACCACAGCAACAACAAUAUCAACAACCACCACCUCCACAACAACAACAGCAACAACAACAACAGUAUCAACAACCACAACAACAUGGUCAACAUCAUCAACCUCAUAAUCAUGCACAUGAUGGACAACCUCAGCAAUUACUUAAUGCUGCAAAUAUUGCACACGAAAAAGAACAUAUAGCAGAACAUUUGGAUGUACCGAUGGAUACAAACAAAAUGACAGAACAAGAAUUACAGUUUCAUUAUUUCAAAAUGCAUGAUGCUGAUAAUAACAAUAAAUUAGAUGGCUGUGAAUUAAUUAAAUCGUUGAUCCAUUGGCACGAAGAAACAAAAGAUCCCAAAGCACCAAAUGGUGAGGGAAAAAUAUUCCAAGACAAAGAAUUAGUCGAUUUAAUUGAUCCUAUUUUGAAUAUGGAUGACACAAAUAAAGAUGGAUACAUUGAUUACCCAGAAUUUAUUCAGGCUCAGCAAAAAGCUUCUGCCGCCAAUCCACGACCUUAAGAAAAAUUUUUUGUACUCAUUAAAUUUUUUUGCACUUUAAUAAUGAAAAUAAAUAUUUAAAAUUA